AGAAGACAGUAGCUCAGCUGACUCUUCCUGCUGUACACUUAAACACUACUGAACCAAACAUAUGUGACACUAACACGGGCUAAACGAGACGUGACGUGCUGUCUGGGUCACUUGGACCAAUGUUCAUGGUGAGGUGCAUUUUGGGAACUUGUGCAAAGACUUUGGCCUCUCUUCCAGUUUGGAAACAACAGAUCAAGCUACAAAACAGGAUGUCGACUUCACCUCGCCCAGUGGCCGCAGUGUGUCAGGUGACGGUCAUCCCGGACAAAGAGGCCAACUUCUCCGCCUGCAAGCAGCUGGUGGAGGAAGCCCAGGCACGAGGCGCCAGCAUGGUCUUCCUCCCCGAGGCCUUCGACUACAUCGGAUCCAGCGGGGAGGAGACGCUGUCGCUGUCUGAGAGCCUGACGGGAGACACGAUCUCAAAAUACACUCAGCUGGCUAGGAAGUUGGAAGUGUGGCUGUCUCUCGGAGGAUUUCAUGAACGAGGACAUGACUGGGAGUCUGACAGACGAAUCUACAACAGUCACGUCAUAAUUAAUGAUAAAGGUGACAUCGUCUCAGUUUACAGGAAGUCCCAUUUGUUCGAUGUGGAGCUGCCAGACAAAGGUGUGUCCCUUAAAGAAAGUGCCUUCACCAUCCCGGGACCCUCCCUCGUGUCUCCGGUCCAAACUCCCAUCGGCAAGGUUGGCCUGGGCAUCUGCUAUGACCUGAGAUUCCCGGAGUUAUCGCUGGCUCUGCGACGGCACGGGGCAGAGAUUCUGACGUAUCCAUCAGCCUUCACUGAAGCAACAGGAGCUGCUCACUGGGAGGUGUUGCUCCGUGCGCGGGCCAUCGAGAACCAGUGUUACGUCCUGGCAGCGGCGCAGGUCGGCCGGCACACCGAGAAGCGGCGGUCGUACGGCCACGCGUUGGCGGUGGACCCGUGGGGGGAGGUGCUGGCCGACUGCGGGGGGGAGAAGCCGGGCGUGGUGCUGGUGGAGAUCGACCCGGAGAAGGUUGGCAGCACCAGGAGGAACAUGCCGGUCCAACGGCACCGCAGAGACACUGGUUUCUAUCAGAGUAUGGAGAAGACUUGACAACGAGAGAAGUGAAGAGUGCAUCAGGAGCACUUCAAGUGACUGAGCUUAUUAUCGGUAUAUGGUUCAAAAUCAGCCUUCUCUUCUUUUACUGCUUACUCAGCUGUCCUGGUUUAACUUUUAAAUCAUCUUGUCAUCACUGCAUUAGAUAAUCUCACCAAAUGAGUCUAUACAAAUUAGAUAUUACUCAUAUUUGCCACUAGGUGGUGCUGUUGGGUAGUAACGAUAUUAGAAACAGGAGGAAAUGGUGGUAAAUUACAGAUAUAUGUUGUACUGAAUGGAUAUGUUCAUAUUAUUUAAUUAGAUUAAAUACCGUAAAAAAACAUCACCUUCACUUUGUUUGUUUGUCUUCUGUAUCCAGUUACAAAAUAAAUAGUUAA